AUGAGGUCUCUCCUCUCCCUGGUCGCGCUGAGUCUCAGCCUCUUCGCCGCUGCUGAACCGACCAUCUCGCCGUAUGCGCUACACGAGAAGCGCAUCGUCCUCCCGCAAGGGUGGUCGUACGGUCGCAAACACGCAGCUGGAUCCGCGCUCCCGCUCCGGUUCGCUCUCACUCAGCAGAACAUCGAGGAGAUGGAGAAGUACGUGAUGGAUGUCUCCCACCCGCACUCCCCUAACUAUGGGAAACAUUGGUCGGUCAAGGACGUUCUUGAGAAGUUCUCGCCAAAUCGUGAGACUGUGAAGACCGUCCACGACUGGCUCACGGAGAACGGUAUCGAAAAGGAGCGCAUCAGGCUCUCACCUAACAAGGGUUGGAUCGAGGUCGAUGCUACCAUCGAAGAGGCUGAAGCGCUGCUUCAGACCGAGUACAGUGUGUACAGCCACGUCAGCGGAAAGGAGCACGUCGGCUGUAGCGAAUACCACCUUCCGAGCCAUGUCAAACGUCACGUCGACUUCGUCACCCCGACAGUCCACUUUGACGCGCGCCUAACUAGUCGUUCUUCAGAGACCACGCCUCAGACUCAGCCUCAGUCGGUCAUCCCGAAGUCCUUCCGGGGCGGGCCCAAGUCUGCGGGAAAGUAUGCAGAGAGCAUCGUUCCCACCGACUUGUCUACUUGUUACGAGUACAUUACUCCGGACUGCUUGCGUGCACUCUACAGCCUAAACUACACGCCGGUGGCCACCGCAGAUAACACCUAUGGAAUUGUCGAAUAUACACCCGAAGCAUAUCUGCAGACUGACCUCGACAUGUUUGCUACCAACUUUUCUACCGAUCUGUACGGCGUUGCCCCGUACAUGGUCUCGAUCGAUGGAGGGUAUGCGCAGACGGAGUACCAGAACUUCAGUUACAACGGAGAGUCCGACCUCGACUUGGAGUACGGUAUGACUCUCGUAGGCAGCGAACAGACCGUGACCUUGUAUCAGGCUGGUGAUAUGGUCGAAGGUGCUUCGUUCAACAACUUCCUCGACGCAAUUGACGGCACGUACUGCACAUUCGAGGGAGGGAACAACUACACGCAGGAUGCGUACUACCCUGACCCCUACGGUGGAGGCUACGAAGGUCCCCAGGACUGCGGAACUGCAAAGCCCACCAACGUCAUCUCCACUUCGUACGCAUACAACGAAGCCGACCUCACCGAGUUCUACGCCGCGCGCCAGUGUGCCGAGUACGCCAAGCUCGGGCUCAUGGGCGUCACCGUGCUCUACAGCUCGGGCGACUACGGCGUCGCGGGCAACGAUGCCCUCUGCCUGUUCCCCAACGGCACGCAGUCCGUCAAUGGCACACUGUUCAACCCGACGUUCCCGAGUACGUGCCCGUACGUGACCUCGGUCGGGGCCACGAUGAUGAAGCCGAACGCGACGGUGUACCAAUACCAGCCCGAGAUGGCGUGCGAGGAGGUCAUCUACUCGGGUGGAGGAUUCAGCAACUACUUCGCGAUGCCAUCAUACCAGGCGGAAGCUGUGGAGUACUAUCUGAAGACUUAUCCUCCUGAUGUCCCGUCCUACAUGUACAACACAAGCGGGUCGCGCGCCUACCCCGACAUCUCCGCUAACGGUGCUAAUUACGUCGUGGCGAUCGAUGGUGAAUUCGAGCUCGUUUACGGAACAUCAUGCGCUUCGCCUGUGAAUGGUGCGAUCUUCACCAUGAUCAACGAUGCCCGUCUCGCCGCUGGCAAGUCCACUAUCGGUUUCAUCAAUCCAACUAUCUACACGACCAACUUCGCGGCGCUCUUUAACGAUAUCACCCUCGGAGACAACCCUGGUUGCGGUACCGAUGGCUUCAAUGCAACGCCGGGCUGGGACCCAGUCACUGGCCUUGGCACAUUGAACUUCACGAAGCUAGUCGCAGCAUGGCUUGAGUUGUCUUGA